AUGGAGUCUUCUAGGACCUUCAUGAGAAAGCUGCCAAUCACACCCGGCUACAGUGGCUUCGUGCCAUUCAUUAGCUGCCAGGGAGGCUCCAGCGAGGAAGAUGUGGGCCACUGCCUGAAGACCUUCCAGGAGAGCACGCGCAGAUACAAAGCCCGGCUGGAGGAGCUUCGCUGCUUGGUGGCCACUGCUCCUACACUGAAGCCUGUGUGCUCCGAGGAGACGGUCCAGCGGGCCGUGCACGAGUACUACCGGAAGUACCACCCCUUGAGUCUGGAAUGCAAAUACAUCAAGAAGCCUCCUGAGGAGCCACCCAUCCCCGGCUGGGCAGGCUACCUGCCUAGAGCCAGGGUCACUGAAUUUGGCUGUGCCACGAGGUACACUGUCAUGGCCAGAAACUGCUACAGGGACUUCCUGAACAUCACAGAGCAGGCCAAGAGGACACGUCUGAAGCCAUACGAAGUAACUUACGGAGUCAGCACCCCACAGCUUCCUGCUCCUUCUCCAAAAGUGUUGAUUCACGAAGGGCUGCUGCCCAAAUACCCGGAUUUCUCUGUCCCAGAUGGAAUCUGCCCUGCCCUGCAAAGACCAUUGAUGGAGGACCCCAGCACCCUGGGCCCGUGUGGCUGUGCUCAGAGGCCAGACCUGUGGUGCAACGAGAAGUUUUCUCUAUAG